CUGUUGGGUGAAUUGUAUCCUAAUAAGAAAUGACUGAACCCUAUCAAUGAAAUCUGUAACUUCAGCUAUCUGGAGAGUUGGUAUAUAAUCACAUUAAGCAAUAUUUAUGAAUUACAGUUCGUGCUCCAAUUUUAUUACAAAGUUACUCAUACUUGCUUCUAUGGGAUGGACUUUCUGUUUGAAGCUGGAAGGAAAAACUGCAUCAUUUGACAUAGGUGAUAUAGCUGGAACACUGCUAUCAGAUGACUUUGAAAUAGAAGACAAGCUCCACUUCACUGAAGUAGCAGUUCCAGUAGAAAGAUUUUCAUGCACAUGUAUGCUCCACGCGUAUGCUGAGAAGGUGAAGGUGGUUUCAGAGAAGCCCUGCUGAACCUCCAAAGAGCUUUAGCGGCAGAUUUGGACUGUUGUUACAGAUCUUAUAGCAGUCGGUUUAAAGCGUGGAUCUGAUGAGCUUCUUCCUUCUGGUAUCACAUACGGGACUCUUACGAUGAGCAAUCCUACUCCUGCUACUGCUAAUGGGAAUGACAACAAGAAAUUUAAAGGAGACAGAUCUCCCUGCUCCCCUUCUCGAGUUCUUCAUCUUCGUAAAAUUCCAAAUGAUGUCACUGAAGCAGAAGUGAUUUCUCUAGGUGUACCUUUUGGCAAAGUAACUAAUCUCUUGAUGUUGAAAGGAAAAAGCCAGGCUUUUCUAGAAAUGGCUUCAGAAGAAGCUGCUGUUACUAUGGUGAACUACUACACUCCUGUUACUCCUCAUCUUCGCAGUCAGCCUGUUUAUAUUCAGUAUUCCAAUCAUAGAGAACUUAAGACUGACAAUCUACCCAACCAUGCUAGAACUCAAGCUGCAUUACAAGCAGUGAAUGCUGUGCAGUCUGGAGGCAUGGCCCUCACGGGCGCUCCAAUUACUGAGAGUGGGCUGCCUCCUGGUCAGAGUUCGGUUCUUCGAAUUAUUGUGGAAAAUCUCUUCUAUCCUGUUACUCUAGAAGUGCUAUAUCAGAUCUUCUCCAAGUUUGGAACAGUUCUGAAGAUCAUAACUUUUACAAAGAAUAAUCAAUUUCAGGCCUUGCUUCAAUAUGCUGACCCUUUGAAUGCGCAGUAUGCCAAAAUGGCUCUGGAUGGUCAGAAUAUCUACAAUGCUUGCUGCACUCUUCGUAUUGAUUUCUCCAAGCUAACAAGCCUUAAUGUAAAAUAUAACAAUGAUAAGAGCAGAGAUUUCACACGUUUGGACCUUCCUUCAGGGGAUGGGCAGCCUUCACUUGACCCUACUAUGGCUGCUGCUUUUGGCACUCCAAGUAUCAUCUCCUCACCAUAUGCAGGGGCAGCUGGCUUUGCUCCUGCUAUUGGCUUCCCCCAAGCUGCAGGUUUAUCGAUCCCGGGUGUUCCUAGCGCACUUGGUCCUCUUGCAAUUUCCACCUCUGCAAUGACUGGGCGGAUGGCUCUCCCAGGAGUUACAGGAUUGCAUGGAAAUUCUGUAUUACUUGUUAGCAACCUCAAUCCUGAUGCAAUCACACCAGAUGGGCUAUUUAUCUUGUUUGGUGUUUAUGGUGAUGUUCACCGUGUAAAAAUCAUGUUUAAUAAGAAGGAAAAUGCCUUAGUUCAAAUGGCAGAUGCAACUCAAGCCCAACUAGCCAUGAAUCAUUUAAAUGGACAAAAACUAUUUGGGAAAGCACUCCGUAUUACACUCUCAAAGCAUCAAACAGUACAGCUCCCUCGUGAAGGUCAAGAGGACCAGGGUCUAACGAAGGACUAUGGCAAUAGCCCUUUGCAUCGCUUUAAGAAGCCUGGCUCCAAAAACUUCCAAAAUAUCUUCCCUCCAUCAGCCACUCUUCACCUCUCCAACAUUCCGCCUUCUAUCACUGUUGAUGACCUGAAGAAUCUUUUUGCUGGUACUGGAUGUAUUGUGAAAGCCUUCAAAUUCUUUCCAAAAGACCGCAAAAUGGCUCUUAUCCAACUGGGCACUGUGGAAGAAGCAAUCCAAGCCCUUACUGAGCUUCAUAAUCAUGAUCUUGGAGAAAAUCAUCACCUCAGAGUUUCCUUUUCUAAAUCUACAAUCUGAAUCUGAUGCAUUGAGGACCUUUUGGAGUUCAACGUGUGUGCCCAUAGUUCCAGUAAAAUUUGAGGCAGAGACUGUAACAGGCCAAACCAACGCUGCAUCUUUGAACAAUGAAACGUGUGUGGUUCAUGUGUAAUUCUAGACAUUGUAACAAAUCAUGGAUUUAUCUUUUGCUGUAAUGGCAAAUAGUCCUCCACAAAAUUUUCUGUUAAUAAUCUAUCUUCUUUAGUAGAACCCAUCUUUCUUUUUUCUUUUUGGUGAUUUCAGGAACAUAGUCAAGCUUUUAUUCCCAGACAAUAUUUGUGUUCUCUGUCAAACAAUGUGAUUGAUGGAAUGUUUUAAAAAUAAUUUUGGCAAAUUAUUUUAUACAUCAGUUAUAAUCAAAAUAUUUUUGGUGGGAAUAGGUUUUUUUUACUAAUUAAUGUUUUAAUCAUUCUCUAUUGAAAAUUUUGGAGGAAAGGCCGUGCCUUAUUUCUCCUUGGAGUAAUAUAAUAUCCAAUUAAUUAUGUAACCCACACAGGUAAAUUGUCCUAAGGUCAAUUUGUUGACAGUUCUAACUAGGCAUUACAUCACAGUGUGAGAGAUAACUGUUGUUACUAUGGAUGAAGUGUAAUAAGAAAUUGGAGAAAAUGAAAGAAGAAAUAUGUCCUGAUUUCAAGUUUUGUACAUUUCUUUCAGAAAAAUAAUUGUUUACACUCCUAAGGAAAAAAAAUCAGGUCUGUCAUAUGGUUUGACAAAUUUUUAGAAAGGUUAUUUUUUGGUAAGGUCUUGUUUUAAACAUAUAAAAUUUAAACCUCAAGGGUUUUUUGUACCACUAUAAUCUCUAAUACUUAAAUAAGAAUUACUGUGUAUUUACUUAAUUUCUUAUGUGCCUUAUUAUGUGCUUAUAAUGAUAUAAUAGUUUAGAGUUUUAUCUGAAGUAUCUUUAACUGUAUUGUGGCUUUGUGAAAUUUUUUCCCUUUGUCUUAGUUUUUAAACAUUUGGUGAUUUUAAAGAUGUUUUUAAUAAGUAAUAGUCAAAUCAGAUUUUGGUGCUUUGGUAUAGGGGUGGGUAGGUUGGGAACGAAGAUAACUCAGUGCUCCUGCUUCUAGGCCUCUUCACAAUAUUUUAGAGGUUGCAGUUGAGUGGUGCCCUUGUUGGGCUUUAGAAAAUGUUCUCAGUUUCUGGUUGAUAUCUAACAGUUGAGUUAUUGACUCUGAGAAUAUUUUGCCUCAGGAUUCUUUUCACCCAACAGUAAUGGGCUUGUUGUGCUCGGUGCAGAUGGGCUUGCAUUCACAAAUGUCAAAACUUCAGGACUGAAUGUUCACUCCUUUUUGGAGAGAGAGAUGCAAUCUUAACUAUUUUUUUGUGAAAUAUAGGUAUACUCAAGUUAUUUCUAUGAUUGUAAUACAAUGUUUUUAGAGGGGUCUCAAGAUGUUACGUCUACUGAAAAAAAAAUGCAUUGUUUUAUAAAAUAUUCCUCUCAUCAAUAAGGAUGGUUAAUCCUUUCCAUUGAUUUGAAAAUGGAGACAAAGAUUUAGAAAAAGAAAUAGAAUGUGAUAAUAUGAAGUGUGCUCAUUGUCUUUGGAAUGUUUAGUAGGUUAGGUUGUUCUGUGAAUACCAGCUUUUGCUUGGCAAAAAGAAUUUCACAGCUUUAGAUCAAUCUCUAAACUCCUUUAAAAUGACAAAAUUAUAAGUUACCUUUGAAAUGCAAGUUUCUUACUAACAUUGCUGUAGCAUGAAAGGAUACGCAGUGCGACACUGGCUGCCUUAAAUUUGUAUAGUUGUGCGUGGAAGAUAGUUUGUUGAUAAUCACAAUUUGGACACUUGAUUAGCAUGUGUUUUGUCAACAUGUAUGUUUCUUCAUGUAAAGCUACAUUAGUGUCCAGGAAGAUCUGAUUCCAUUUUAGCUAUGACUUGCAGCUGUUUGAAAAUAAUAAGUCUAUUAAAACAAGCCAACUCUAGAGUAGCAACAUAUUUUCUUAAUUUAGCAAAGUGAUUAAAACGAGUGCCUGAUUCUGUUAUGCCACAUGAGCCUUAGUGUUUCCCUUUCAUUCUAUCAAUUUUAGUGGACUAUGGCUCAAAAUAAGUAUAUUUAGGAUGACAGCCCCAUAAGCCAUUAAAUAGCUACUUGGAUUAGAGAACCAAUAAAUUUGCCUUGUAUUGUUACUUGCUAAAUUACGUUUAGGCUUGGUCACCAUGUGUUUAAUGCUGCUACAGAGGGGGAUGUGGUUGGACUUGAUGAAUGUAACUGAAGCAGGAAAAAAUAAGACUGAGCAUUAACAUGUAUAAUAUCAAGAGUUUUGUGUGUGAGUGUGUGUGUGCGCAUGUGUAUUAUGUGAAAUACCUUAUGUUUUAUGCUGAUAAACAUUGCAAGCAUUUAAUUUAUUGAUUUUACUAAUCUUAAACAACUUUGUAGAGUUAAGAGAAAUAAAUGGUCAAUUUAAGAUUAAAAAAAUACCAUAGUUUCUAUAAAAUUUCCUACUUCCAGUUUUGAGUUUUUAGACCUACAAUUAUAGUUAUAUGCUGGCAAAUGUUUUGGAUUUUAUUUUGGAUAUAUCCUUUUAGGGAGGUCUCAUCAUAAUUACCUUAUAUUCUGUAUAAAUCAUGGUUGUAGUGUAUGUGUGUUUAACAUUUUGAGUUUGAUUUUACUUGGCAAGCUUAUUUUUUCCAUGAGUUGCAAAUAUAAGAAAUGGCAGUACAAACUUUGCAUUUAAAACAGGAAUUCCAUUUAUAGCAAUAGUUAGCUUAAUUUUCUCCUCCCGUGGAAUGUUUUAGAAGGCAACCUCUUGAAUUUGGAUUAAGAUAAAAACAGAUAACUACCAUUUUCUUGUCCUUUUACUCCUUUGCUGCAGAACAUUAGAAAUAAAUAAUGUUACCAUAGAAUAGUAAGUGGCUUAAUUAAGGAUGUGGUUAUUCGGUAACAUAAUUUUUUGCAGAUAUUGCCUUAUAAAGCACCCUAGUAUAGAAAAUUAAUUUUCCAAAUUAUUUCAUCAUUCUCAUCAAUUUUGGUUGCCGUAACCUUUAUUUUCUGUUAAGCUGUAAAGCACUGUGGCCCUCGCAAAACCUUUGGAAGUGCAGUUGAAGUAACAAACUUUCAUAUAAGGCCUCUAGUAUUUGGGUUGAAAAAUUGAAGGUUUUAAAUCAAUGCAUAGGGUAUAUUUAUACAUAACAGAAGUAGCAAUGGUGCCCUUUUAGUAAACCGAUUAGCACCUCUUAUGAAGAGGGAUUUGCAGUUCCAUAGAUCAACAUUUGUGAUGGAAAUGCUUUUUAAAUUGGGAAUUAUGGCACAUUCCUCAUCUGAUAGCAAUGCAUCAGAGCUAAAAUGCCUUCAGAAACAACCAGGUUCAAACCUGGUCUAAUUUGAAAUAGUAUUGGCUCAAGUUUUCAAUCAUCCACAGUUCUUGGGAUUUUUAUUCCGAAAGGUAAAGCCAUAAUAGUUUAACAAUGAAAUGCAAACUGGCUAUAUUUGACUAUAAAUUAGGAAAAAAAAUAGACCUUUUUUUUUUCUUUCAAAACUGGCUUGGGAAGGAUAACUGCAGUAUGCUGGUAGAGCUGCAAUCUCUUACUGCAGUCUCUUCAUACCAUGCAUUCUGUGUUUAAUAAUAAUUGGUAUAUAUAUGUGCCCAAAUUGUAAUGUGGUUUAACUUCAGUAUUGCGCCACAAUUUUUUUUCUAUCCAACAUGUUUGCAGGUUUCUGAAUAUCAAAGCAACAUUAAUUUGAACCCUUGCCCUAACUUGGUUGCCUUUCCCAUUUCUCACCUUUCGUACUCUUAACUGUGUUUGAAGGAUACUCUGUAGGCUCUUUGUGCCUAUGUUUUUAAAAGCAGCCUUGAGUUGUCUGUGUAGCACAGGGGUGUCAAACUUGUGGCCUGAAGGCUGGAUGCAUCAUGCACCGCCCAUGCCCACGCCUGGUUUAGCGAAGGGAAAAAGUUGUGAUACAUUACGCGACAACACUGUUACGAUGCAAGUUUGACGCACCUGGUGUAGCACCUCUUCUUUCAGACCGAAAGGCUCCACUUGCAAUGGAUACUUACUCUAAAGUUUAGCACGUGGGGUGCAUUUUGUGAGCCAAAUCCAUUGCUGCCUAUUUAAGUAUAUCCAAGGAAAAUCAUGGUGAUACUUCUGGGAAUAGCAAAUAUAUAGUGUGUAGAUACUGGAAUAUAUAUACUAGAACAACAACAGCUCAGAUAUAUAUUGCUAUUUUCAAAGGAGCAGACCUGAGUAGGUAACUGUAUGAAAGCCAUUUUGUUCGCCUUGACACUUUUGUGGACUGGUAACUUUGAUUACAAUUGCCAGAUUUGAAUUGUGCUGCAAACUGUUGACAUUUUGCACACAUAACGUUUUUGAAGCAAACAAACUCCUAAUUGUCUUUGCAAAAAUCUGUAUGUAAUAUAUGAAACUGUUCUUAAUUUUUAAAGCAAACCUUAACAAUUAGGAAUUAUUUUUUAAAAAAACAAAAGCUUCGUAAAUCUUAAUUUCAGGGUUUUACAAAGAAAAAAACAAAAUGGGACCAAAGUUCAUGUGCCUUCAGUAGAUUUCUGUAUUUUAUUUUAUUUUAUUUUUGCUAAAUUUUUCAGUCUUUAAAAUCAGCACUCUUGUGUUCAAGGAAAUGUGUAUUUAUAUAGACUAAAAUACCAAAUGACCCAUGAACAUAUAAUGUCCUUAUGUGCAGUUGAUUGCUUAUUGUUUCAGUCAGUUUAUAGCUCUUUUGCUGUCUACAUUGUAACAUGAAUCAUGUUGUACCAUACAGGAGUUCAAGACAUCUGGCUUUACAUUUCUCACAGUAAGUUUUAACCUGGAAAAUAAUAAAUCAGAGAGGAGGAUACAUAUUUCCUCUUUUAUAAAUAAGCUCUUGCAGAAAUUCCCAUUCUUGGAUUAAUGUGCAUCAUUAGUGAGGAUAGGGGGAAAACACCCAAUCAGUUAAACUUUUAAUUCAUCUCUGUAAUUGUGUUUUUAUUCUUCCCCAAUUCGUUCUCCAAUUUCUGGACAAACAAGCCUCCCACUUUCUCAACAUACGGUUGCUGACCAAACAAAAUGUUGCAUUAUUAGAUUGUCACCUCAUUUGCAAUGACCAAAGAUUGCUUGCUCUGGUUUUACUGAAACAUCUUGCCAGUUCUGUCCUUGAGGUAUUUUUUUCUUGAAAGACUCCGUGUAAAGUGGCCUUUUAUGCGAUUAUUGGUGAUGAACAAGAGACAAGAUUUUUUUAAAAUGUGAACCAAAUAAAAUGGUCUAAGGGAAGAGGGUGAGUGGAUAUUUAAUACUGUAUUCAGACAAAUAAAGGCACACAGUUACAGGAGCCAGACAUUCCCUAAUUUUUCAUGUGUUCACAAAUCCCCUUUUAAGUUUGUAAAAAUAUUCAUCUAACACAAGAAAAUGCUGUAAAUAUUUGUAACAACAUUUUUUUACCUGGCAAAAAAAAGGUUUUUGGGAACAAGUAUAAAAUGGUUUUUAUAUUAUUAAUAAAAA